UAUCCAACCAAACCAAAUCAUCUCGAAGAAAUUAACAGAAUUUCAUUGUUUCUCCAUACUCUCCUUCCUUCCUGCUUCUCCAUUCAUAAUAUUCUCUCUCAAAACUCUGGGAAUUUAGGGGUUGGGAAAGAGAAGGAAGAUGAUUGAGGUGGUUCUUAAUGAUCGUUUAGGAAAGAAGGUGAAGGUCAAGUGUAACGAGGAUGACACAAUCGGCGACCUAAAGAAGCUGGUGGCGGCUCAGACCGGAACCAGAGCUGAUAAGAUUCGAAUUCAGAAGUGGUACAACAUCUACAAAGACCAUAUCACUCUCAAGGACUACGAGGUCCAUGACGGCAUGGGCCUCGAGCUCUACUACAACUGAUUUCGCAUCUUUUGGUUUUUUGUUCCUAUUUCUAAGGAAGGACUCUUAUAUUUCAAUCAACGUUUCUUGUUCAAAAUUAGAGCAACAACUGUACUUAUGUCUCUGUUCUACUCUUUAUUUUUUUGUAAUGAUAAAUCGAAACUAUAUAUAGUGUAAUUAUGUUAUGAUGUAUUAACGUUAUUGGAGGUUAAUUGCUGGGAGACAGUGAAAUGUCAUUCUGGGGAUUUCUGAAUUUCUAAUGUUGCUUGUGGAUCAUUGUAAGGAUUAUCAGUUAAAGAACGUAACUUUUGGUUUUGAUCUGAUUAUAUGUGAAGGCUGUAUGUAUUAUUUAUAGUAGUUAACUGGAAGUAAUUUCUUGUUGUUUUCUGUUUAA